GCCCGUUUCUGUUCCCUUCUGUCUCCCGCCAAAACGAGAGGUUGUAAGUACCUUCGAGAAAACUAAAACAAAGAACUGCUGCUGUCACUAUCAGCAUUCUGCACAACUGUGAAAGGCAACCAGGAGAGGAGCCGUCAAAAGCACGCUUGGUCAACAUGCACGGCUUCGGCGGAGAGAGCACACCGGGAAAGCAUCAUAGCCACCGCUCGAUAACCUACGGCGACGAUAUCGUAAACAUUCUGGCCAUUUACUUUCCUUCGAACGAUUUCACCGCCGAGGAGGACAAGUUGAUGCUAACGUCCGAGCUCCUUCACUUCUUCUCAACUCCUCCCGGCCAAGACCUCGUCUCGCAGGUGAAGGAUGAGAACGGCGCGUUGUUCUUACCUGUGGAUUUUCAACACUUCCGUAAAAUAUGCAAUGUCCAUGAGUUUUAUGCCACUUUAGAAGAUAAACCUAGAGCUGCUAUUUCUUGUAUGAGUGCAGCAGUUCACAAGGUGAUCCAAAGUAAUUCGAAUCAUAUCUUGCUGGAGGAUGGGAUGAGGAUCAACAUCCGUCUUCAUAACUAUCCAGAAUCAAUGAUGGCCCUCAAAAACCUGAAGGCAGCUUAUAUUGACAAGCUUGUAUCUGUUCGUGGAACAGUGGUGAAGGUUAGCACAGUGAAGCCUCUUGUCGUCCGGAUGAGUUUUGACUGUGAAAACUGUAAAUCCAACAUUGCACGGGUGUUUCCAGAUGGAAAGUUUUCACCACCGUAUCUUUGCAAUUUAAAUGGAUGUAAGAGUAAAACUUUCAAACCGAUCAGAUCUUCAGCUAAAGCAAUAGAUUUUCAGAAAAUAAGGUUGCAGGAGUCACUUAAGUCUCAAGAUCAUGAAGAAGGGAGGGUGCCUCGAACUGUAGAAUGUGAGCUUACGGAGGACCUUGUUGACGGAUGCAUUCCUGGAGAUGUCGUCACUGUUACUGGAAUUAUAAGGACAAUUAAUAAUUAUGCGGAUAUUGGAGGAGGAAAGGGAAAGGGAAAAAGUCAAGGACUUUACUACCUGUAUAUCGAAGCGGUUUCGGUUAAAAACUCCAAGUCGCAAUCUUUAUCAGAUGAAAUGCAAGAUUCUGCAUCUAAUGCUAGAGCUACUGAGCUAUCUGAUUUAUUUUCAUUUUCUUCACGAGAUCUGGAAUUUGUGGUGAAGUUUUAUGAAGAGUAUGGCUCUGAUGUAUUCAAACAGUUACUUCAGUCUAUAUGUCCAUCUAUAUAUGGACACGAGCUUGUUAAAGCGGGAAUCACAUUAUCACUUUUCGGAGGCGUUCGUAAGCAUUCAAUGGAUCAGAAUAAGGUUCCUGUCAGAGGAGACAUCCAUGUCAUAAUUGUUGGUAUGAUGACCUAGUCAACUUUUCUUAGAGUAAUAUUUGCUUCAUCCUAAUGAAUUACCAUAUGGCCAUUUAUGUGAGAGAACCUGGUCUACAUUUUAGAAUUUUGUCCAACACCAAAAGAGGAACUUCGGAAACUACUUGUAUUUUGAUAGGUGACCCUGGACUGGGCAAGAGUCAGCUACUUCAAGCAGCAGCAGCUGUUUCUCCACGUGGUAUUUAUGUGUGUGGCAAUGCAACAACCAAUGCUGGGCUUACAGUUGCAGUUGUAAGAGAUUCAAUGACAAGUGACUAUGCCUUUGAAGCUGGGGCAAUGGUACUUGCAGAUAGUGGCCUGUGUUGUAUUGAUGAAUUUGAUAAAAUGUCUGCCCAACAUCAGGCCCUACUGGAAGCUAUGGAACAACAGUGUGUCUCUGUGGCCAAGGCCGGACUUGUAGCAAGCUUAUCUGCAAGGACAUCUGUUUUAGCUGCAGCGAAUCCUGUCGGUGGUCAUUAUAACCGAGCAAAGACGGUGAAUGAGAACCUCAAAAUGAGUGCUGCUCUCCUGUCGCGGUUCGAUUUAGUUUUCAUAUUACUUGAUAAACCUGAUGAAGUACUUGACAAGCGUCUCUCAGACCACAUUAUAUCACUUCAUGCUGGAAGUAGGGAACAUUCCUCUGUAAAAAAAAGACAACGAACUGGUUCACAGAAUGGUGCCAUAGAUGCAAGUGUAAGACAUGGGUCAUUAGCUUCAAGGUUGAGGCUUGACCCUCACAAGGAUGCUGAUUUCUCUCCUUUGCCGGCCCCACUUCUUCGAAAAUACAUUGCCUAUGCUAGAACUUAUGUCUUUCCUAGGAUGACAAAACCAGCAGCAGAAAUUCUGAAGAAAUUCUAUUUAAAACUAAGGGACCAUAACACAUCAGCUGAUGGUAUACCCAUAACAGCUAGACAGUUGGAAAGUCUGGUACGACUAGCGGAAGCCCGAGCACGAUUAGAAUUGAGAGAAGAAAUAACAUCCCAGGAUGCAAUGGAGGUUGUCGAAAUAAUGAAAGAAUCACUGUACGACAAAUACAUCGACGAGCAUGGAGUUGUGGAUUUUGGUCGAAGUGGGGGAAUGAGUCAGCACAAAGAAGCAAAACGGUUUUUAAGCGCGCUCAACAGCCAGUCAGAGUUGCUGCAGAAAGAUAUAUUUUCAAUCGCAGAUAUAUACAGUUUGGCGGACAGGAUUGGGCUAAGAGUUCCUGAUAUCGACACCUUUGUGGAAAAUUUAAACAAUGCUGGCUGUCUCCUCAAAAAGGGCCCAAAGUUGUAUCAGGUGCUAACAUCCUCUUUCUCUCGGAGUCAAUCGUCCAGGUCAAGAUCCUAAAGUUCUUUAUCGACUUGCUUCAGAAGCUUGAUCAAGCCGUUUUCGUACAUGCUUAAAAACUAUGGCUUCACAUGUUUACAGAACAACUCUGCCAUAUCGGGUGAAUUGCAAACUUGGUCACCCAUAUUACUCAUUUAUAACACUUUAGCCACCCGAAUCGAAAACCAUUCAAGUUAGCCACUGAUACUACACGUUUAUGUCAUAUUUGGUCACUUGCCGUCUAGUUCCGUUAAGUCUGUCCUAGGUGGCAGUCAACUCUAACGUUUGACCAUUAAAAAGCUGAUGUGUCAUUUAAAAAAUAAAUAAUUAAUAAAUUUAAAUGUCUUAUAUUUUACAGCUCACAAUUUCAAUUUUCAAUUUAUUUUAAUAAAAAUAGUUCACUUUACCCACUAACACACAAAUCGCCGACCUCCUCCUAUGCCGCAAAUCCGCCAUCGCAAUCUCCGCCGCCAUCACCGUCGCACUCUCUGAAAGAAAAAUAGGCAGAAAGAAACGGCGAAAUCGACCC